ACCCAAGAUAUGACUAUUCGGAUGGGCCACUACAGUGGACUGACACCAAUCGUGAGGGUCUAUUUUAGAGAACCCGUCAACCCCGUGCGCCAAAAACAAGAACUUUUACGGAUUGAAAUGAAGACUGCCCCAUACCGGGUGAAUGCAACUUGUGAUAGCGAGGAAAUUUGCAAGAUGUUUUGGUUUGUGCCGAUGCCCUUCUUGAACGGCAGCGUUAUACACCGAGUCCUGGUGAAGUCUAAUGGCUUUGGGAUCCCUGUAAACGACAGGAUGUUCGACAUGAACAUAAAUGGAUUUAUGGAACCAUCCGACAUAUCAGAUAUAUUCAGGAUUGGGAAAAAGUUGUACAGGUGGAAGAGUGUCUUUAGCCUGUAUGACCCAUCACGGCCCUUGUGGGCCACCUACCGACAAGCACCUGUGCUUAUCCUGGGAGGGAUCCCCGAGAAGAAGAUCGUCAUCAUCUCUAAUACGAACUUUGAUACGUAUGACCUAAUAGAGGUGGGCAUCGACAGCUGCUGGAUCGGCUCCCUUUCCUGCCCGCAACGAAAUUUUUCCUCCUCCAUUGUAGACACCAUCGCUACCGAAAGUACUCUCUUCAUCCGGCAAAACCAACUGGUCUAUUACUUUACAGGGCAUUAUCCAAUUUUACACCAGGAAACCAAAGGAUCUGAUCUGUGGACACGGAUCUUGAACAACGUCUGCGUGAGGAGGCUGCUUCCCGUCUUUUUCCCUCACAAUAACACCGAGUACGUGAUCGCCCUCAGCGGCGGUUUUCAGCAAGGGGAAUUCUUCCUUAUAUCCUGCAAAGAUAUGAUGAAUUACAUCUAUCUUUCCAAUUUCCCGCGUAACUCUCCCAUCAAGGAUUUCGUCCUCUCCUUUACGGGGUCUUUUGCCAUUAUGACAGACCGGGAGGAGCUCUGGGUGUCGAGCGAAAGCGGCAUUGAAUUUAAAAAGGUUUAUCCGUCGGAUGCCUGGCAUAAGUUGCGUGCUCUCGAAAGGAUGGGAGGGUCCACAACAUAUUCCAAAUCAAGCACUCAUGCCAUCGUCAGCAUAUUCUACAGCCCGGAGGGCUUGCAGGAGCUGAUUUAUUUGAGAGAAUAUGGCAGAGGAAGAUUCCUGAAGAGGGAUUUCCCUCAAGACACUGUCCUGACAUAUGAUCUCUUGCUCAGCGCCCCUCACAAAAAGAUGACGAUCAACGGGAAAGACUACAUCCGAUUCACCCAUCUUUGCCCCUUCGCUAACUUGCGUAUGGUGGAUCUGCCACGCCCGCAGCGCUAUACCCGAGAGGAGUAUUACUGGGCCACCCCUCCAGACAUCAUGGAGAAAUCCGGAUUCCAUCACAAGGACUCGCUCACCAUCUACCAGGGCCUGGUCUACCAGUUGCUUCAGCUGCAUUCAGCGUAUCACAGACCUUAUGCCGACCCCGUCCACGACCCCACUUGGCGCUGGUGGAAAAACCAGAAAGAAGAGGCCGAAUAUUUUACCUACAAGGCAAGCAACUGGAAAUCGUUGGGAGGUAUCUACGUCGAAAUGGCCAACUAUGCCAAAGUUUAUAAUGUGAUGCCAGAUAACAAUCUACCCGAAUACAUCUAUCUGGACAAGAAUACAGCCUACUCUUUUAAUGUGAUCCUGACCACCAGAUCAACCAGAGAGAGCAUGGGAGAAACGACUGAGGAAAAUUCCCUCGACAACAUCUGGCUGACUGUUAUUUUGGCCCAUCCUGAGUAUGUCGAGGCAAACCUGCAGAGGCAAGAACUCAUCAGCCGAGGCUCGGUGUUAUAUCGGGUAAGAGCCAGGUGAUCAUUGGUUCUAUGGACACAGGAGCAAACGGGACGUGAGCUUUUGCAGGAAGCAAUUAAUUCAAAGGUUGUCCAUUCGAAAAUGUCCUGUUAUCGCCAUACCAGCCUGAACCCAGAGUUGACGGGUACUGAUACAGUGGAGAUUCAUAUUGGAUGCCCCCCGGGCAAGAGAUUGGCGUUUGACAUCACUCAUACGAAGAAUUACACCACAGAGAAGAACAAGCGCUACUUUGACUGUGUUGAGCCAGAUCCAGAAAUGCCCUGUUUUUAUUUCAGCGAUGUAUUCUACCCAUUCUUCUUGAUCCAAGACAUGGUGACGGGAGACUCGGGAAGAUUCCAGGGCAGCUACAUCUUUAGCGUCAUUGGCGGAGGGGCCUUUUCGCAGAGCAACAUCAGAUACUUCACUCCGGAAGAGAUCAUAAAAUACAACACUAACAGUAAUAUGACAGCUUUGAUUUGGGCGAGAUCCGACGUAGAAGUUGACGUAACCAAUGAGGAAGGUUUCCCGGUCCUCUCUGAAAGCAACCCUGGAAUUGUGUGGAUUUGUCAGAAAAAUUCUCCGUGUUACGAUAUCGUCCCCCAAAGUAUGGCCACUCCCGAUUAUUUCUUUGUGAUAAAAGUAUCCAACAGGGGGGUCGACCAAACCACCUACUGUGACUAUGCCUUGGAGUUCAUCGUGCACAUCCACGGCCUGCGCCUCAGCCCCAGCCGUGCCCUGUACGUGAUGCAGAUUUCAAUGGCUGUUGUCAUCGGACUGGUCAUUCUGUAUAUCUUAGUUGACAUAAUGGCCCCUCGGGUUAAAGAAUUCUUCAACAAGACCAUGAAGAGACUGGAGGACGCUAUUGCAUUUCGGGCUGAAUCCAGCCUCACCUUCUCCUCUUCCUUCAGCAGUCAAGGAUCCCUUCAACAUCUGCCUUCCGAUAUCAGUUCCGGGGACCCCGCCGGUAGCCCUUCCACUCUUGCCCCCUCCAGAAGAGGGUACCACCAAGGGGCACAGUAGAGCUCCCACAGCUUGCCAGAUUCAUUGGACAGGGAGGUUCUCUGCUGCCUGGAUGUGUCAUCUUUGGUCUGUGGUUGCUGUCCGAGA